CUUAUCUCUACCAUAUCAUUUCUUGCGGUAGCUUACAAUGCGUACUAAAGUUGCUUUUCAACCCUCGAAAACCAAGUCUCUUAUCCUUUUCGUCCCCUUUCCACAAACGCUUUGAGCAAUAGAAUAAUAACUCGCAUCAAUCACCUCAGAAAAUGGGACGUUCCAUAAUCGUCUCAUCGUCAUCCUCUCACAUUCCCUCGCUAUUUUCUCCAAAACCCACCUCGAUUAGCUCAGCUGGGCUUAGAAUCUUCAAAUUUCCGGCGACUUUGAGUGCAAAUUCGAGGUCUCCUAAACAUGGUUUCUGUACAAUGUCUCCCAGUUUUAGAAUGUCAUCGUUUUCUUCAAAGGCUGUUGCAUCGGAGAUUUCCAAUCAAAAACAGUAUUCCAAGGUCGGGGCAAAGUCAACGGGUCCAAUUCCUUCCGAUCAGCUCCUUGGUGUAAUUCAAACUGCCGCCAAGACUGGUGCUCAGGUCAUAAUGGAGGCAGUGAAUAAGCCUCGCAACAUUACCUACAAAAUAGGACUCUCUGAUUUGGUGACUGAAACAGAUAAAAUGAGUGAGGCUGCUAUUCUAGAUGUUGUCAGAAAGAAUUUCCCGGACCACCUAAUUCUUGGGGAAGAAGGUGGGCUCAUUGGAGAUACUUCUUCAGAUUAUCUUUGGUGCAUUGAUCCCUUAGAUGGCACCACAAAUUUCGCUCAUUGCUAUCCGAGCUUUGCCGUUUCCAUUGGAGUCCUUUACAAAGGAAAACCAGCUGUGGCCUCUGUGGUGGAGUUUGUGGGUGGACCUAAAUGUUGGAAUACUCGGACUUUUACUGCAGCUGCUGGUAAUGGUGCGUUCUGCAAUGGAGACAAAAUUCAUGCGAGUCAAACUGAUAAGGUCGAACAGUCGCUUUUAGUUACUGGGUUUGGUUAUGAGCAUGAUGAUGCGUGGGCAACCAAUAUCGAGCUGUUCAAGGAAUUCACUGAUAUCAGUCGGGGUGUAAGGAGACUCGGUUCUGCAUCAGUCGAUAUGUGUCAUGUGGCCUUAGGAAUUGUAGAAGGCUAUUGGGAGUAUCGGCUCAAGCCUUGGGAUAUGGCUGCUGGUGUUUUGUCGCAGUAA